AUGACCGUCUACCAAUCUACUACACUUGCCCUGCUGGCUCUGGCCGGUAGUCAUGGAGCCGCUAUGGCAGUUUCGAACCCGUCUUCGACCUCGACCUCGGCAGCUGCACCGACGGGGACCUCCUAUGCAUCUGGAUUCGAUAUGACGACUAGCUGGGGGAACUUGAGUCCAUACUCCGAUGCACCAGGCUUUGAUGCUCCCAAGGGAUACCCCAUGGGCUGUGAAUUGUCGCAGGUACAUGUCCUCCAUCGCCACGCACAGAGGUAUCCCAGCUCCUGGCCUACCGAUGGCGGUGGUAUGGAAACUUUCGCUCAGAAGGUAGCCAAUUACUCCAAAAAGGCAGUUGGCAAAGUCGGCUCGGGGCCACUGGCAUUCUUGAAUGAUUGGGAAUACAUGUUGGGCGAGAAUCUAUUGUUGGCUACUGGUGCGGCAACGGAAGCAACAGCGGGUGCCCUCUUUUGGAGCAUGUAUGGUCGUCUGUUGUAUCAUGCUGGGCCAGGGAAGGCGAUAUAUGACUCGUCAAUGAAUGUGUACCCCAAUGGCACUGCCCGCCCAAAGCCCACCUUCCGCACAACAUCCUAUCCUCGUAUCCUUGAGAGCGCUCGCUGGUGGUUGAGUGGAUUCUUCGGAAACACCGGUGCCAACAGCUCAUAUGCAGAAUACGAUUUGACUAUUAUCCCGGAAGAGGAAAACUUUAACAACACUCUAUCGUCGACCUCGGCAUGCACCAAUGGAUCUGACGUUGGAGACUACGCUCUCGCAGAUUACCUCCCAUCACUAACGACCACCGCUCACGGUCGCUUCUCCAAGUAUCUACCUCAUGAUUUCAACCUAACUUCCAUGGAUGUCUACGCCAUGUUCAGCAUGUGCCCCUACGAGUAUGCAACACUAGGCCGCUCAUCCUUCUGCUCCCUCUUCACCGAACAAGAAUGGAAGGACUUUGAAUACGCCAUUGACUUGAGUUUUUACGCCGACUUCGGCUACGGCGCGCCCAGUGGUCGCGCUCAAGGGAUCGGUUAUGUCCAAGAGCUAGCCGCCCGUCUACAAUCACGCUUAAUCACGAGUAGCGAUAGCAGCAUCAAUUAUACCUACGACGACAACACCCGGGAUUUCCCUCUCGGCCAACCAUUCUAUAUGGACAUGUCGCACGAUAACGUCAUCAUCGCCGUAUUAGCUGCGUUGGGCCUGGACUACUUCAAGGCAGGUCCCCAUGGGUUACCGACGACUGUCCCGCAUUCUCCUCCACACCACUUCAACGCGAAAGAAGUCUGUCCAUUCGGCGCACGCUUGUUUACCGAAGUCUGGACUUGUCCGAAGGAUGUCUCAUUUGACUACCUUCAAGAGCAAAUGUACAAGAACCCGGAUCUGUCAUCCAAGUCCGGUACAACCGAUUAUAUCCGAUUCGUGCUGAAUAAUGCCCCCGUCUCGGCUAAGGGGUUGUGCAACGAUGCUGUGAAUGGGUUCUGUCGGAUGGAGGAGUUUUUGAAAAAGGUGCCCGGACUGGACAAGGAGGCGAUGUAUCAGGAGGCCUGCUUUGGCGAUUAUAACAUUACAACACAGGUUGCCAAUGGUCAGCCGAUCCAGUAA